AUGAAUAGAGAUUUAUAUGAAUGGGACCAUCGCGAAGUGUGCAAUUGGUUAGAUGAAACAGGGAAAUUUACACCAGAAACUAUCAAAACUUUUGAUUUUCACCAAAUAAGAGGGGAACAUUUGGAAGAACUAUUUAAUUUUAAACCAUUUUUACUAAAAAUGGGAAUUAGUAUGAAUAAUUGUUUAUCAUUUAUUGUAGAGUAUAAAAAACUAAAAUCAAAUGAAGGAGCUAUCAAAAAAAACAAUGUUACUCAAAAUUCUGAUUAUGAUGCCGUAAAAACAAGUAAUUACUUGACCAAUAAUAGUUUUGACUUAUCGAAGCCAAAUUUUUCCAUUAUGUACAAAUUGAUCAUUAAUAGUAAUAAAGAAAUUGGAAAAGAUAUUAAAAAAAAAUUAAAAAGUUCUAAAAUCGAAGAUACCCAAAUUUUGGAAAAUAAUGUAUUAAAUCAACUUAAAGAAAAAUGGGAUAUUGGAAAAUUGAAUAUGUCAAAUCUUAUCUUUGUUUAUGAAACUAAAGACUUUUCGUUAUUAGAAUUAGAUACAAUAGGUAAAAGAUUAAAUUUUCAAUAUGAAAUGUCAAUUCUUUUAAGAAAUCUUCACCCAUCAUCAAUGGUAUCUUAUCUAUUAGAAGACCCAAAUUUUUUAGAAAAGAAUGUUGUACAA